CCGAGAUCUGUAGAUAAGCCCCGCCCCCUUAGAUACUGUUGCUGUGCGCCCCAAGCUUUAUCAAAGAUGGCGGCCGCUCCAGCAGCAACAGACUCGCUGAAAAAAAUUCCAGACAACAUAUCGCCUUCCUUUCUACCCGAUAGUAAAUCUUUAUCAGAUAAAGUGCUGCAGAAGGGUUUAAACUAUUUUAGUCAAGGCUAUAUCCACAAUAUAAAAAUCAAAGAGACUGAGAAUGACGUAAGAGUUGAUGCAAGAUGCUGGCGUUCAAUGCGAAAAUCUGAGGAACCACAUCGGCUUCAUGUUGACAUCGGGACAGAAACGAUUUCGCAGUCAUUUUGUUCUUGUAAAGUUGGAUUGAAUGGCCAUUGUUCACACAUAGUUGGUCUUUUGAAAAGUCUGCAAGGAUUUAAAUUACACAACUUCUCCUGUGUACCGGACCAACAGAGUUGCACCAGUGUACCUCAACAGUGGCAUGUUCCUCGAGGAGCAAAAAUACAACCUGUUCCUCUGAAUCAGGUUGUGGUGGCUAGGCCAAAGGAAGACAGGAAACGAAAACCACUGACAUGUGGAGUAGAUGAAAACUACAGAUUGCCAGAAGUCACUACAGCAGAUAAAUUAAAGCUGGCUGCAUUGAAUGGGACACCACUUCAGCAUCUCAUGUUUAAUUCUGCACCAGAAUUAACAACAGAAGUCUUUGGACAACUCCCUCUGGGAUCAAUUCUGUCAUACCAGACAAGGAACUUAAAGAAGCCACAAGUCCAAGUAUCAUCAGAUGGAUGUGGAGAUACAUGUGUGACCAAACCACCACCAAUAACAUUACCCAUAGAGUUUAAGGACUUAAACCAGCAACACCACAUUGACCAGGACCAAGCUACUCAAAUUGAAAUAGAAACUAGAGCCCAGGCAAGUUCUCAACUAUGGCUUGACUCCAGAAAAAACAGAGUAACAUCAUCAAAUUUUGGCAAGAUAUUAAAAAGAAAAGCAAAACCUUCUUCGUCAUUUUUGGACACAAUAUUUGAUACUAAACAAAUUCAUUCAGCACCAUUAGAAUAUGGAAAACGAACGGAGAGUAGCGGAAAGAGAAAAUAUCUAAAACAAUUCCCUUCCAGGCAUUUUCAUGAAUGUGGACUUGUUGUGAACCCUGAAUUUUCAUUUCUCGGUGCGUCCCCUGAUGGGAAGUUGUGUUGUGAUGGCCAAAGUGGGAUAGCCGAGAUAAAGUGCCCAUUCUCUGCACGGAACAUGACAAUUACGAAUGCAUGUGACCAGGCUCAACGUUUCUGUUUAGAGAAAGUGAAUGGGAAGAUGAACUUGAAAAAAAGCCACGAGUACUAUGCUCAAGUUCAAGGUCAGCUCAUGAUCACUGGAUGCGACUUCUGCGAGUUCAUUGUCUACACGCAUUGUGACUUGUUUGUACAAAGAAUACUGCCAGACAUUCCAUAUAUGACUGACAUGUUGUAUAAGCUGUCAACUUUUUACAAGGAAUAUGCUCCUCGUUUAUGAACUGUAUGUUUAUUUAUCUAGUUAUCUAAUUUGAUAAAUAGCUUACAUUUCUCUUCUGUCUGUGUCGUGGAAUCAGAAGUUGAAGGUAUUUGCUCCUGUGUGUUUUUGUCGUCAUCACAAUUUAUGCUGAAAAAGAAAGGAAAAUGAAUUAAAUGAUGCAUGAACAAUAACAAAAUAAGCAUAUACCUUCAUAUUGAUGAGGGGAAACACUAUGACUGUUUAUGUUUCUGUGACACAUGUACAUAUCUAAAUCAGAGACCGAUAUUACAUGGUUAAUGUGUUACCUGUAAUAAAGAUAUAUAUGAAUGUUCUA